AUGAGGAGAAUUUUCCAGGAGAAAGCUCACACUGCAGGAGUAGAAAACACAGCCUGCACAUCUGAUUCAACCAUGUUUUUGUUGAAGCUACUUGUAACUUUUAUGAGUGUAUUUCACUCCAGCUCUGAAAAUACUGAUUUCAGAGCUGAAAUGAAGCAUACGUACCUUCAUGGGGAUGUUAUUAUUGGAGGUCUUUUUCCUAUUCACCAACAAACCAACAGAACAACAGAUCCUGGUCCAAUAUCCUGUAAAAUGUUUGAUAUCCAAACAUUCCUACGUGCCCAAGUGAUGAUCUACUCUAUCCAAGAAAUAAACCAACAAACGCCAAGACUGCUGCCCAACCUCACCCUUGGAUAUGACAUUUAUGAUACUUGUGGAGAUGUCAGCCUCGCCAUCAGAGCAACUCUGCAGCUGCUGAAGGACCAGUCAGACCCACAGAGGUGUCUCAUACCUGCAUCCAUCAAUUCCUCCUUACCUGAACCUGAGACGAAGGUGGUUAUUGGAGAGGAAUUGUCUGAGGUAUCCUUAGCAGUUGCAAGAGUACUUGCUCUACCAUCAGUCACACAGAUUAGCUAUGCAUCAACCAGUGAGCAGCUCAGUUUAAAAUAUAAGUUCCCCACCUUCCUACGGACUGUUUCCAGUGACAAACAUCAGACGCAAGCCAUUUACGAGCUGGUGAAGUAUUCUUCAUGGCAAUCAGUGGCCAUUGUGGGAAGCACUGAUGAAUAUGGGAAGUAUGGAACUGAUAGUCUCCUGAAGCUCUUCACUGGCAAUAAUAUUUGUGUUGACUUUGUGGACAUUCUCCCUGAUACCUUUGUCAAAAACUGUUCAACAGCAAGAGAUCUGCUGAAAAAAAUAGAAAUUUCUACCGCUGAGGCCAUCAUCAUGUUCACCAUAGACACCAAUGUUCGUAUCAUCCUUGAAGCAGUUGUUGAAAAAAAUCUCAACAGAACCUGGAUAGCAAGUGACACCUGGUCCACUUCUUCUAAAAUCUCUGAGAUGACAGGAAUCGAAAGCAUUGGUCCAGUUUUUGGUUUCAAUUUUAGACAAAAGGAGGUGCCGGGCUUUCAAGAUUACGUCACCUCAAUGUUUAAUGGAACUACAAACAGCAUUUUGAGUUAUUAUCAAGUUUUCACAAACAGCUCCAAAGAUGACAUGAAGUGUAACUGCGCGAAUAAGACUUCCGACAUAAACUGCUUGUACUGCUACAUUGAUCAUGAUGAAUCCUACAACAUCUACCUGGCUGUUCAGGUCAUUGCUGAGGGCCUCAGAAUCUUACUCAAAUGUAACAAUCAAAGCUGUGAACGGACCACGUUUACUGCUAUUGAGCUUUUUCAUGUAAUCAGGAAGAUCAACAUCACUGUGAAUGACACAAAUAUCUACUUCGAUGAAAACGGAGAUCCCAGUCUGGGAUACGACAUAUUGUUUUGGAACACAUCUGCGUCCAAAGAAGGUGUUGAGAAAAUAAAAAUCGGAGAAUACUGGCCAAAUAAAAACAUUUCAUUUAACAAAGAUCUGUCACAAUGGAGAACCACUGAAAAUGUCUCUGUUUUUAACUGCUUCAAAACAUGUAAACCAGGAGAAAAAUUGGAAUUACAUUAUGGAAAAUGCUGCUAUAGAUGUGCUAACUGUUCACCUCAAGAGUCUUCUUAUGGAAAUGAUACUUUUUGCAGUCUAUGUGAAGAGAACGAGUUCUCACCAGCAAACCGCAGGUAUACAUGUGAGAAUAAAACUGAAGAGUUUCUUGAGUGGUCAGACCCCUUCUCCAUCAUUCUGGUCACGACAUCUGCUAUUGCAAUAAUUGCUACUGCAGUCAUUGCUAUCGUCAUUGGCUUCAACUGUGGGACUCCCAUUGUUAAGGCAAUUGGAGGUUCCCUGUGUUAUGUGGAGAUGGCCUCCUUGCUCCUCGGCUUUUGCACUACCUUCACCUUUAUAGGAAAACCCACACCAAAUUCCUGUGUAGGCAUUCCUCUGUUCGGUAUAAGUUUCUCCCUCUGUAUCUCCUGCAUUCUGGCCAACUUAAUUCAGAUCCUGCUAGGUUUUAGCUUUGACCCGAGGGUUUGCUCUAAGAUUAAGAAGCUUAAUCAUCCAGUAGCUGUGGUUGUCAUCAUCUCUGGUGUGCAGUUGGGUGUAUCCUUAGCUUGGCUAAUCGUUCUCCCACGUCUUCCUUCAAAGGACCAGAAAGAGUCCACAAUAUUGUACCAAUGUAACAUGUGCGAAAAGUCCAAAAAGUUUUUUGCUGCCACAAUAGUCUACAACUCUUUCUGGGGCGUUGUGUGUUUUAUCUUUGCAUUCAAAGGUAGAAAGCUACCAGACAUUUACAAAAAUGCCUCAUUGAUCACAGUGAGCAUGGUGCUGUUUUUAAUCAUAUGGAUUGUUUUCCUCCCAAUUUAUCUCACUUUGGAAGGAAAGUACAAACCGGCUAUAAGCAGUGCAGCCAUUUUGAUCUCAUGCUUCAGCAUCCUUGGCUGUCACUUGGCUCCCAAGUGUUACAUUAUGUUGUUCAGAAAAGAGAUUAAUAAUCAAAAUGCUAUCAGUGAAUAUAUUAGGAAACAUUAUGAGAGGAAGGACUUAUCCGUGAUUUCAUGAUCAUACUUGCUUGUCUUUGUUAAAGAUGAGCUGCAAAAUAAUAUAAUAGAAUCCAGACAUGAACUGUAUUCAAAGACAAAGUCAAACUUUUCUUCUCAUUGUUUGACAUUAAAUCAGACUAAAAGUUAGGUAAGCUAACUAGAAAACUUUACUAAAUAUCUAAAGUGAAAGAUGGAAAGAGGGUAAACCUAGUACUCUAUCGAUAUGGACUUAAAGGCCAUUCAGAGAGUAAAAAUCUAUCACAUCAUAUUGUAAUGCAUCAUGUUGUUGGGUGUUCUAUUGCAGGCAGAAUUGGUGCAUUUCACAAAAUAGAUGGAAUCAAAAGGAAUGAAAGUUAUGUGGAAAUAGUGAACGAACAUCUUAAAGCAGCAGCUAGAAAGUUUAAGAUUGUAACACAAAUGGAUCAUUCAAAUGGAUCUUCCCACUAAAUUAGUUACAAAUUAGGCCAUCUGUUAUUACACCUUUCAGUUUACUCUUCUAAACACACUUUAUUUUUAGCUAUACAAGGAUUUGCAUGAAAUAUGUAAAGGGAAAGCCACAUAUUUUUAAAAAAUCUUUUUGCAAAACUGCUGUUAUAAAUAUUAUAACUGCCAUGAUGUUUUCAGUCAAUGAUACAAAGAGCUAUUGCAGCCCAAGGCCAGUGAAAUUAAUUCUUAAUCAGAGCAAAUGGUGGCAAAACUAAAACACUGCUUUUCAUUAGCAGGACUAUUAUUAUUAUUUGUAUAUUUUAAUAUUAAUUUCUCUUGUACAGGGUUUUGUGAUUUUAUGUCUGUGAAAAGCAUUUUAUAAAUAUAAAUAUGCUUUUCCUACUUACUAAAAACUUAACUAACUAAUCCAAACUGAAGGAGAUGGAGAAUUCCUUGCAUGGCCAAAAAGCAAAAAAUACAUUUGCACCUUUAAAGUUGUAUAUAUUUUGUUGAGCAAACAAACUCUAUAAAACUGGGUUUGUGAUUUCAUGGCACGCUAACAACAUGGGAAAAAAUAAAAUGCAAAACCCGUGUGCAGAGUAAAUGUAUUUGUGGAAGCGUGCUUCCUCUUUCUGUAGAAUACCGUGUGCAGAAAGCUUGUAUUUGGCUAUCAAAUCGAGCUCACAUUAUCACUCGAAAAACAAAGCCAUAACAAUCUCCUCUUGUGGAAAGUAUUCCAGUCUGUCAUGCCUGAAAGGAUUCAGGUCAAAACAUGUUUAUUUAUGCUGGUGUUGGGAAUUUCGGGGAUCUGUUUCUAUUUAAAGGUAUUGCAAAUGAAUUCUGCUGAAAAUGACAGUUAAAUGCUAUAUUUACCCAAAAUAAUAUGAAGUUGGACUAAUUUCACACUUUCAUCUGUAUUGUAUUCCUUAUGCUAUCAAAUAUUUUUGCUAUUGGGAAUAAGGGCAUUGAUA